AUGAAGGAUCUGGAAAAGCAGGUCGCACACAAGAAACCGAAGAACAGUAGACGUAUCUCAGAUGCAGAACCUGAAGGCACGGACAAAGAGAUUACCCUCAAGGAGCGACUGAAGCACUUCACAUGGGCUUGGUUCACGUUGACCAUGAGCACGGGAGGCUUUGCAACCCUGCUCUCAGUACAGCCACACACAUUUACUGGAAUCAUGACUAUUGGCACCAUAGUAUACAUUUUCGACCUCGUACUAUUUGUCUGCCUCUGUACGGCCAUAACCGCUCGGUUCAUCAUGUAUCCCGGAUCUUUCCACAAAUCUCUCAAACACCCUAAGGAGGCCUUGUUCUUCCCAACAUUCUGGCUAUCCCUUCCAACCAUCAUCGGAGGCAUGAACAACUAUGGUGUUGGCAAUGUUGGUGGAUGGUUAGUGGUAACCCUUCGUGUUCUUUUCUGGCUCUAUUUUGCCCUGACUAUGCUUGUCGCCAUCUUCCAGUAUUGGUACCUGUUCAUGGCGAAGCAAUUAUUGGUCAAAUCUAUGGCUCCCUCAUGGAUUUUACCCAUUUUCCCCGUCAUGCUGACUGGAACACUCGCAAGCAUCAUUGCUAGCAAACAACCGCCAGACCAGAGGAUGCCAAUCAUUGUCGCAGGAGUGGCAAGUCAAGGACUCGGCUGGACAGUUGCAGUCAUGCUCUAUGCAGUCAUGCUGGUUCGUCUAUUCGAAUACGGCCUGCCACCACCUAACGCACGACCUGGCAUGUUCAUCUGUGUCGGACCCCCUGGUUUCACAAUCUUAGCUUUGAUCGGCAUGUCAAAUGCACAUGGCUACUUCGCUACUAACCCUACAGCCCUCCCAGCCUUAAAAGCAAUGGCACUCUUCGUCGGCAUCUUCAUCUGGAUGAUUGGCUUCUGGUGGUUCUGUAUCGCCGUCGUCAGUUUGCUCUACGGUGCCAAGAAGAUGUCGUUCUCUCUUGUCAAUUGGGCACUGGUGUUCCCCAACACUGGUUUCACCAUUGCAGUCAUUGACAUUGGCGAGCAGUUGCAGAGCCAAGGUGUUCAGUGGGUGGGAAGUAUCAUGAGUGUCUUUAUCUUCAUUGCUUGGUUCUUCACUCUCUGCUUCCAUGCCAAGGCAGUGCUUACGAAGCGCAUGAUGAUGCCCGGCAUGGAUGAAGAUCAAGGCGAGGAAGAUGAGGACUGA